AUGUCCGCUGAAGCGGCCGCUCAGGUACAGCUGGACCGCUUUGAGACCAUCUUCUCGCUUGAGGGAAAGGUUGCCGUCGUGACAGGGGGAUCGAGGGGAUUGGGGCUGCAUGCUGCUAGUGGCCUCCUCCAAGCCGGCUGCUCCAAAGUAUACAUCACCUCGCGCAAGGCCAAAGCCUGCGAGGAAGCCGUAGCCGCACUGAACGCGCUGCCAAACAAGCGCCCCGGCGCGCAGGCCAUCGCCAUCCCCGCCGACAACUCCAAGAUGUCGGAACUGGACCGCCUGGUGGCCGAAGUGCGCAAGACGACGGACCACGUUGACAUCCUCUUUGCCAACGCGGGCGCCACCUGGGGCGAGAAGUUCGAGACCCACCCCGAGGCGGCGUUCUCUAAGGUGCCCUAUAUCCCAAGUAUGUUUUCUAUGCAGUAUGCUCAAGAGUAUACCGCAGAUUCCGCCCCCCUCCUCCAAGCCAAAGCGACACUGGAGGAGCCCUCCCGGGUCAUCGUCACAGCCUCCGUCGCCGGCAUCGGCGUCGGCACCCUCGGCCAGAACGCCACCUUCUCGUACUCAGCCUCGAAAGCGGCAGUGAUCCAUCUGACCAAGAACCUGGCCGUCGAGCUGGGCCCGCGGCACAUCCUGUGCAACGCCAUCGCGCCGGGCUUCUUCCCAUCCAAGAUGUCGAACGGGCUGAUGGAGCUGCAGGGCGGCGUCGAGGUGCUGGCCAAGCAGUCGCCCAACGGCCGGUUAGGGAAGCCGGAGGAUAUUGCGGGAUUGGUUGUGUUCCUGUCCAGUCGAGCGGCGUCGCAUAUAAACGGGGCGGUUAUCACGACAGAUGGAGGGAGUGUGUUGGCGAGGGGGAGGUUGUAG